AAAAAAGUUCGCGACAAGGCCGUCCAAAAUUUAGCAAUCUUCCUCUCCAAUGACUCCGAAAAUGCUAUAUCCGAGCUUGAAAUGGCGAAGCUGUGGAAAGGCAUCUUUUACUGCUUUUGGAUGUCAGAUAAACCACUCGUACAACAGGCACUAGCGAGCGAGCUGGCUGGGCUCGUGCUAACCAUCACCAGUACACCAUCAGCGCUGAAAUUUCUGAGAGGUUUUUGGAUGAUGACAGUCCGUGAAUGGAGUGGAAUAGAUCGUCUACGGUAA